AAAGUAUUUCACUUCGCACUGAUCACCGUUUUACAUAAAGCACAGAUCAGUCCUUCGAGAUGGAAGCCGAUCUUUCCUGUGCUGUUUGCCAGGAUCUGUAUAAAAGUCCUGUCUUAAUCGACUGUGAUCACAGCUUCUGUCGAUCCUGUAUAACUCAGUACUGGGAGAAAGCUGACACUACCUCCUGUCCUGUCUGUAGGAAGGAGACUUCCUCCGGGGCCCUGAGACCCAACUACACCCUCUCCAGCAUCGUGGAGACAUUUAUAAAAAGUGAUCAGGGUGAUAAAAUUCAGCAGGAGUGCAGCCUUCACAAGGAGAAGCUGAAGGUUUUCUGUAAAACUGACAAUCAGCCCAUCUGUCUGAUUUGUCAGAUUUCAAAGAGUCAUCAAAACCAUGAAAUGCUGCCAGUGGAAGAAGCUAUUGAAGAGGUUAAGGAGGGACUGCGAAACUUACUGAAGCCAGUGCAGAACAAGAAGAAGGAAUGUGAUGCUUUAAAAAGUGAUUAUGAGGAAACAUUAACCCACAUUCAGGACCAAAGUGUAAAGACAGAGAAACAGAUUACAGCCGAAUUUGAAAAACUGCACCAGUUUCUCCAUGAGGAAGAGAGAAUCAUGUUGGAAGAUCUGAACCUGGAGAAAAAGAAAAAGAGUCAGGAGAUGAAGGAGAUGAUUGAGAAGAUAACGGAGGAAAUCUCAUCACUUUCACUCACUGUUCGGGAUAUUGAACAAGAGCUGAGUGAACAGGACAACAUCAAGUUUUUAACGAAAUUUCAGGAUCUACAGAAAAGAGUGAAGCGAACUCUCCCAGAGCCACAGAAGGUUUACCCUUUAAUAAAUGUGGGGAAGUACAUUGGGUCGCUGCAGUACAGAGUGUGGAAAAAGAUGCUGACGGUGAUUAAUACAGCUCCAGUGACCUUCGACCCUAAUACAGCCCAUCCUAAACUUCUUCUGUCUGAGGACCUGAGGAACGUGAUUUACACCAAGAAACGGCAGCAGCUUCCUGACAAUCUGGAGAGAUUCAAACCCUGUGUCAGUGUCCUGGGAUCAGAGGGAUUCACAUCAGGGAAACAUUCCUGGGAGGUGGAGGUGGGGAACAAGACUGAGUGGGAUGUGGGUGUGGUCAAGGAAUCCAUCAGUAGGAAGGGGGAAAUCACCCUGGAUCCAGGUGAUGGAUACUGGACAAUGAUCCUGAGAGAGGGGACUGAUUACUGGGCUGGUGAGAAACCAUCGAAACGUUUAAAACUAAGUGUGAAGCCGAGAAAGAUUCGAAUCUGUCUGGAUUAUGAGGGAGGGAAGGUGUCCUUUUAUAACUCAGAUAACAAGUCCCAUAUCUACACUUUCACUGCUACAUUCGCUGAGAAACUCUAUCCUUACUUCAGUCCAGAGAUCACUGAUGGGAUUAAAAACACAGAACCACUGAAAAUCUGUCCCCGGACAGUAACAAUCCAGGAGGGUGAGGGUUUUAUCCCUUCAUUCAAAUAAAGACUGUUUCUUGUAUGUGGGGGGGAGAGGGGGGUUUGUUCCUCUGUAGUAGAGAGCUGUUUGUCAUUUACCAAUCCUGGCCCCUUCCCCUCCACUGUCAGCGGGGGCCGUCCAUUCCAUUCAGGAGGGGGAGACGGGUCCCUCUGGUCCGGCCUGUACCUCCCGGGGAUGUGUGAGGACCCCUGCCUGAGGGAGGGCCAUAGGAUCUAGACACUUGUCACAGAGCUGGAACUGGAGCUGGGAUAGGUCAGGCUGAUGAGGCUAGGCCACCCCAGGACCUGCUCUAUCUGGUCUGACCCACACACUGGGUCACUGGAUGGUAGUGGGGGAGGGGAGGGCCCCACACACUGGGUCACUGGAUGGUGAUGGGGGAGGGGAGGGCCCCACAGGCUGGACAGUGGUGGGGGAGGUGAAGGCCCCAUACAUUGGCCAUGUUCCUUACCUUUGACCACCCAGUGCGGGGGGGGGGGGCGAUGGGCAGAUCGGGAGACCUCCCAGUAUAAAGGUGGCCACUAACAGGUCCAGGCAGAGGGUAGUUGAGCCUUACCACCUGCCUCUCUUUCAUGGCUAUGUCCCCGUCCAGAGAUCCCUGGACAGAAAGAGUGCAUGGUGUCUGCCAGUACGUUUGAAGCCUUCAGUAAUGUCAUUUUAAUUUGAUAUAAGUUUCUUUCAAAGUUUUGGUUUGUUUUUUUACAGUGGGGAUUUUCAAAUGGGGUACUUCAUUGUUUCAGGUUCUUCAGAAGAGGAAUAACUAGGCACAGACUGAAACUGCAGUUGUAUAAGGAGGUGCAUGUGUAAUUUUGUAAAUAAAUAUAUACAAAAGUGUGUAAAGAUUGGCCAGUUCUAUCCUUCACCAACUGACUUUCUGGAAGAUAACACUUUGGAAUAGAUCUACAGUGAAUCCUCCAUGGAAGAAGUCUUUGUUGGUGUCAUUCCCAGGAUAGAGACAGUGGUUUUGUGAUCAUUGUGCCCUGUUAGGUAAGACUGUCUUAUCACAUGGGUGUUGUAGGAUGUCCUCGUGCUGCUGGGAGUUGAUGCUGCUUUGUUGAUAUUCUUCAAUUGUGUCACAAAUAAAGGUUAAAUUGAUUUUACUCUAAA